AUUGGUGGCAACGCUCCAGCUCGCUCCACGAGUCCGCCCCCCGCCCGGUUGCCGUGGUUGCAGGCCCGGCCCGCCCGCUUGCUGGUUGACAGCGAGACUAAGAGCGGAGGGAAGUGGGUCCGUUGGUCUGUCGGGAACGAGGCUCAGGCGGCCCGGCCCACGCGGAGACGUUGCCAUGGCAGCCGCCGCGGGGGGCGCGGACGAGGAUCCAUGCUCUGGCCGCUCAAGCUCGGAUGGCGAGUGCGCGGUGGCGCCUGAGCCGCUGACGGAAGCCGAGGGCCUCUUCUCCUUCUCCGAUUUUGGGUCCGCGUUGAGUGGCGCCGCGGCCCUGCCGGGCGGGGCGUCCGGAGGGGCCCAGUCCCCGCUGCGCUACCUCCACGUCCUGUGGCAGCAGGACGCCGAGCCGCGCGACGAGCUGCGCUGCAAGAUCCCCGCCGGGCGGCUCAGGCGCGCGGCCAGACCCCAUCGCCGGCUCGGGCCCACGGGCAAAGAGGUGCACGCUCUGAAGAGGCUGAGGGACUCGGCCAAUGCCAACGAUGUAGAAACAGUGCAGCAGCUGCUGGACGAUGGUGUGGACCCCAGUGCAGCAGAUGACAAGGGCCGAACUGCUCUCCACUUUGCCUCCUGCAAUGGCAAUGACCAGAUCGUGCAGCUGCUCCUGGACCAUGGGGCCGACCCCAACCAGCGCGACGGGCUGGGGAAUACACCACUGCACCUGGCGGCCUGCACCAACCACGUCCCUGUCAUCACCACACUGCUUCGAGGAGGGGCCCGCGUGGACGCCCUGGACCGAGCAGGCCGCACACCCCUGCACCUGGCCAAGUCCAAGCUGAACAUCCUGCAGGAGGGCCACUCCCAGUGCCUGGAGGCUGUGCGGCUGGAGGUGAAACAGAUCAUCCACAUGCUGCGGGAGUACCUGGAGCGCCUGGGGCGGUACGAGCAACGUGAGCGGCUAGAUGACCUCUGUACCCGCCUCCAGAUGACCAGCACCAAGGAGCAGGUGGAUGAAGUGACUGACCUGCUGGCCAGUUUCACCUCCCUCAGUUUGCAGAUGCAGAGCAUGGAGAAGAGGUAGCGAGAAAGUCUCCCUGCCUUCCUGCCAUUGUCCUGCCCUCUGCUCCUCAUCACAAAGGAGAAGCCCAGUGUCUGGGACUUUGGCAGAUACUUUCCUCGGAUGUACUCUCCAUGACCCUGAAGUUACUCCUAGUCACCAUCUAUCAUCUCUGUGGACCAGAGGGACCAGGCCAGCCUCUGCAGCUGCACCUCAGCUGUAGCCCAUGCAGUGUCCCAGCAGCCCCCACUCAUCUGUGACUUCCCUCACAGGCUCCAGACCUCCUCUGUGUUCCUCCUGGCCGUCAGCUGGUUGCCAUGAGCUCACUUAGGAAGGGGACCCUCAGCCCAGAGGGGAGCGCUGGCCUGUGACAUGGCCUGCACCUCUCACCAGCAUGUAGAUUUAAGCUCGUUGCCUGAUUUUCACAGUGACACUUUGGUGAAUUUCUCUGGUUAGAAGGGGAGCCUUGGAGACACUCCAACCUUACCAAGGUUAGGAAGGACCCUGCUGAGCCCAAGACAGGAAGUCCCCAGCCCUUUCCUCCCAGCUGCAGGAGCACCAGGAGGGUGGAGCCGUCUUGCAGCUUUCACUGUCAUUGGCUGAUAGCUGCCUACACGUGGGAGAGCCCGGGUCCUCAUCCCAGGAACCUGUGACCCUUCCCCUUCCCUUACCUGACAAAGAGGCUCAUGGAUUUAACUAAGGAUCCUGAGGCAGAUGAUCCUGAAUUACCUAAAUGGGCCAGAUUUAAUCGAAGGAGGUGAAAGAGGAAAUAGGACAUGUGCCUAUAGAGGCAGGAAUUUGGAGGGGAAGGAGCAGGAAGUCGAGGAAGGGGUCUGGAGCCAAGGGACGCAAGCCACCCACCUCCAGAAGCCAGAGGCAAGGAAACAGUUUCUCCUCUUGGAACUUCCAGGAGGCACCAGCGCUGACAUCUACCUGGACUUGAGUUCAGUGAGAUGGAUUUCAGCGCCACGCCUCCAGAACUGUAAGAGAAUAAAUCUGUCAUUUUGAGCCA